GAACAGAGCAUUUAAGGUGGGCUGGUGCAGGCCGUCAAGCACUAUGCCAAGGCCAACAAUCCAAAGACACCUGGCUACGAUCCGACAAAACCAGACUCAUGGAUCGUGUAUCAAGAUUGCAAUAACCUUUACGGGUGGGCUAUGAGUCAGCCCAUGCCGUACGGUGUCUUCCGGUGGUAUGAAGGAACAGAUCCUCUGGCCGACCUCCAAUUGCUUUCGGACACUGGUAAUACGGGGCGUAUAUAUGAAGUAGAUGUAUCGUAUCCAGAAGGGCUGCAUGACGAGCACAACGACUUGCCGUUCUUGCCUGUCAACGAUGUACCACCGGGUUCCAAAGAGACCAAACUCAUGGCCACUUUGAAACCCAAACAGCGGUACGUCGUACAUUACGUUAAUCUUAAACAGGCGAUCGCACACGGACUGCGAGUCGAUAAAGUGCACCGCGUUUUAGAGUUUCAACAAAGUGCUUGGUUGAAACCGUACAUUGAGUUGAACACUGAAAUGCGGAAACAGGCGGCAAAUGCUUUUGAAAUAUCGUUUUUCAAACUAAUGAAUAAUGCCGUCUUUGGGAAAACCAUGGAGAACAUGCGGAAACGCAUCCGCAUUGAACUAAUCUCCAGUCCCGAACGUCUAAGCAAGCUCGUAAACCAACCAACCUUCAACGACUGUAUUAAAUACGGCGAAAGGUUGUGCGCCGUCAUAAUGGACACAAAGAUUGUCAAGUUUCUCAAACCAAUAUACGUCGGUUUAGCAGUGCUUGACAUUAGCAAGUCGCUAAUGUACAAGUACUUCUACGACGUAUUAAAACCUCAUUAUGGCGACGCAAUUAGCCUGGUUUACAUGGAUACUGACUCCUUCAUAUACCUGCUCAGAGUCAGCGACUUCUACCAGGAUUUAGCCGACAGCCCCGAUUUACUGGUGUACGUGGACGCAUCUAGCCUGCCCAAGGAUCACCCUUGUUACUCGACCUCGAGGAAGAAGACGCCUGGUCUGUUUUCAGACGAGACCGGCGGCCUCACCCUCUUUGAGAUCGCUGCACUUCGUUCAAAGUGCUAUGCAUUUGACAUGGAAGGCAGCGAAUUCAUCAAGUCUAAGGGGAUCCGCGGACAUGUCGUCCGGAACCAUCUGUCUUUGGACGAUUACAAACGAUGUUUGUUUGAAGACGAUGGCGACGAUGGUGACGAUGCGUCAAAACGAGCGUUGGCCGGAGACAAUGCCCGUGUAGUCAUCGGAGCCGUACGUGAUGGUGAGAUUCCACCGACAUUAUCAUUACCGUACACUCCGUACCGACAGAACGUGUCAAUUCGUUCUUUCGAGCACGAGGUACGCACUUUACGUACAACCAAGUUGGCGCUUAACCGUUUCGACGAUAAGCGCUACACGCUCGACAACAGAGUUGACACGCUGGCUUACGGUCAUUAUGCCAUUCCAUCGGAAGAAAUUUAAGCAACAUUAGUUUUUAUAGUAAUAAUAAGAUUGUAAAACUCUUUAAAUAUCCAUAUUGAUAAAUGUAAAAUAUAUUGUAUGAUAAACCGUGUAAUUGAAUUUUAUGAUAAGGUUUUUGUAAAUAUAAGUGUUGUAUAUAAAUAUAUAGUUGUAAAUAUAGUUUUAAGAUUUUUUAAUGUAAUAUUUUAAUGAAUUGAAUUGUAAAUAAAUGUAAGUUAGAAUUGAUAUUAUAAUAAAUGCUUAAUUAAU